UAGAUAAUGUAACAAAUCCUCGUACAGGUAGCAAGCACACUUAUCAGCCAUCCAGGUAUUGUGCUGAUAACAGUUUCCUAUGCUACUGGCUCUACGUGGACAAGAUGCUCUGUGGCCUAUCUCCAAGGUGACCUGUUAUAAGGUACAAAGCCCUUUUACCCAUGGAUGGGGCCAGAAAUCUCACUGGACAGGAAGAUCGUGGCACGGGACUGUGGAAUUUGGAAUACCUGAUCACCUGCUUCGCCGAUGAAAAAAUCUGUGUGUCGUUUGGUUUGUGGCUGCUGUCCUGCUUGUUCUGGUCCACGUCAUUCUCCCUGAAUUUCUACUUACGAUGCAAGAGAAAAUCCAAACAUGAGGAAUCAGUAUUUUGGAAUAUUUAUAGCUUCUUUGGCUCCAUGUGUAAUGCAAUUGGAUCCCUUCUGUCAAAGCAGCUUACAAUCCAGGUCAUCACUGGAGCUUAUAUGGCAUUGUCAGAUGUUAUAAACUUUAUAUUAACUUUGUUUCCAGUAUGCAAGUCCAGCUACAGAGUGAGAACAAGUCAUCAGCCUUCCAGAAGAAAAAGGCAACGCAAACCGGUCCUAUCUGCCCUAUCAUUCUGUAUGCUGAUAAGUCUGGGGUACUACUCUCUACAUGUAAAUGCCCCCCUGCUUCCUGAAAAGUCUCAUGGUCCUCAAAGAAAGCUGCUCGGGACCAUUCUGCAGGAACGUGUAGAUGUAGUGGGAUUUACUCUGGGGAUCAUUGCUGUCCUGGUGUCCUGGACUGUCAGAGUACCGGUCAUCACUAAAGUGUGUAAAGGAAUGGUAUUCCCAGUAAUUCAGGUCUGGGCUGUCCUCUUCUCUGCUUUGGCAAGCAUUAUGUAUGCGGCUGCCAUCAUGUCACAUGACCGACGUCCGGAGUACUUUGUCAGAGCGAUUCCUUGGUUCCUUAUCUCAAUGGGCACCGCUGCCCUGGAUGUUGCUCUGGUAUUCCUUUCCUGUAUGAUGAAAAAUAAGCUGUUUCAGCAGAGGGGUCUUGUAAUAGAUGCCACAUUGGAUGUGGAGAACUGUCAGCUGCUGGCACACAUGGAAAAAUCUGAACAGGGAAUGGAUGACCUUCAUAUAGACAAAGAGAAUUCGCAUUGGACUCCAUUAAAUAUGCUUCCUAACAGAAGUAUUAAAACAAGUGCAUCUCUGGGACGUUAUGUGAGGCUCAGCAUUGAGCAGGUGCAAGAGGAUGGGGUCGGAACAGUGAGAAUGCCGGGGGAUGGCCAAACCAAUCCUGUGACCGUUCAUAAUAAGGAACCACUGUGUUACUUUGAUUUGGCGGUGUAUCCUCCUACUCAUAUCACACACUCCUCCUCCAGCUCUUCUGACAGAUCCUCCAACACGACUGACCUGGAGUGGGACUUUGAAGAUUUAGAUCAAAACUGGAAUAAGAACAGUGACGUUCCAAGUAUCCAACCUAUGGACAGCUCUGUUCUAAAUGUUACAAGUUUUAAUUCUGAAUGGCAGUUUCCAUCCACUGUUUGGCCUAGUUAUAAAAACCUUGAAAUCAAUGAUGGCAAAAAGAAAGUACGACCUGCAGACACAACCAAAACAGAACAGAGGUGAAAACAAAGCAUACAAGUUUAACUUGUU